AUGAGAUUCCUCCAAAUUUAGCAGACACCCAUUUUCUUUCCCAGCCAUCCAAUUCAUUUCCCCACAAACCAACGCAUUGCACACUCUUCAUUGCUUCAGAUUCUCCAUUAAAAAGCUCUCUCUUUUAUCUCCUAAACCCUCAAAGCUCCUUUAUUUUUUCCUUCUUUGCUUUGCCCAAAGUUCACACCUUUCACUAUCCUUCUUCCUGCAUUACCACUCACAGUUGAAAUCUUAUGGUCAUUUUUUGCUUUCUCUGACCUUGUUCUUCUCUUGUGGAUACUGAAACUGAGUCUACAAUGCUAGGAGACAAUUGUACUGAUUCUGAAGCGGAGAUUAAGGUGAGUUUUGGCUAUCAAUGCAACGGUCACGAAGGUAUUCCUUGCGGGACUGGUAAUAGGUAUGGAAUCGAGUCUGGACGUAAAAUGCUGAGGAACCGCAGUUUCUCGUGUUUGUCUGGUGCUGCCUUAAGUGCUAAUGCUACCUUGGCCAACACCAAUAUCUGCAAUGGUCUGAUAGGAUAUGAUAUUCUUCCUGGUUUGGACUCCCCUAAUUCGUUUCGCAGGGUUCCUUCUUCCCCAUCUCUUUCGAGGUUGGAUCUAUUAUCGACUUCCCUGCAAAGCACUAUGUCAAACUUAAGUUGCAGUCCACCGAGUUCGGUUGAUUCACAUGAAACUGAUUCUUGUUUACGGCAGCCCAUGAGUGCUCUCACUAGAAGUGACAGUUUCCUUAAUGCUGUGGAAGUUCAAGUGGCGGGUGGAGCUGCGGGUGAAGAUAGGGUUCAAGCUGUCUGUUCCGAAGAGAAUGAAUGGCUCUUUUGUGCCAUCUAUGAUGGCUUCAACGGGAGGGAUGCUGCAGAUUUUCUUGCCGGGACGUUAUAUGAAACCAUAAUGUUUUACUUUAAUUUACUAGACUCAGAAUCAAAGAAGGAUGUUCCCAGAGCACCAUUUGAAUGUUCUCUUGAUGAUAGUAUGGCAGGUAUUGAGGCUGCAAGUGCCGGAAGCUUCACGAGGAAAAGCGUGGAUCCUGAAAUGGAAGCGUCAUCUCAUUCAUUUAGGCAUCGGGUGCUUGAUAUCCUCCAACGAGCUCUAAUUCAAGCCGAGAAUGAUUUCUUGCACAUGGUAGAGCAGGAAAUGGAGGACCGCCCCGAUUUAGUUUCUGUAGGAUCUUGUGUUUUGUUUACGCUUCUUCACGGAAAAGAUUUGUAUACACUCAAUUUAGGUGACAGUCGAGCUGUAUUGGCGACAUUUGAUGAAGGCAACAGCAUGGGUCAGUCCGAAAGAUUGAAAGCUAUUCAGCUCACAGAUAGUCACACCGUUGAUAACGAAGUUGAAAGAACUAGACUCUUGAAUGAGCAUCCCGAUGACUGUACACCUGUAGUAGCUGGAAAAGUGAAAGGAAAAUUGAAGGUCACCCGUGCUUUCGGAGUCGGUUACUUGAAAAAGAAGAAACUGAACGAUGCUCUGAUGGGGAUUCUUCGAGUUCGAAACCUCAUUAGUCCCCCUUAUAUCUCCACUGAACCAUCACUAAACGUGCACAAAAUAUCAAGAUUCGAUCACUUUGUUAUAAUAGGCAGCGAUGGUUUAUUUGACUUCUUCAACAAUGAAGAAGCUGUAAAGCUCGUCCAUUCCUACAUCUCGAGCACCCCAUCUGGAGACCCCGCAAAAUUUCUCGUGGAACAGCUGGUGAUCAAAGCAGCUCGUUCUGCAGGUUUCAGUAAGGAAGAAUUGUUGAACAUUCCGGCUGGUAGGAGGAGGAGAUACCAUGACGAUGUUACCGUUAUCGUGAUUAUUCUUGGAACGAAUCAUCGAACUUCGAAAGCAUCAACCUAUUUGUGAAGCUUAUGUACUAUUUUUCUCCGCAUUGCAAAUAGCAGUAGUAGAUCUAGCAGUCUUGAAUCACAAUAUGUUUUCGUUUCAACUUGUAUAUAAGC